ACACUUCGUUCCCAGUGGCCUGAGAGAAGGAGAAGCCUUGAACGACAAGGACACUACGGUCUCCGGGAGCCAAAACCUCCGUCAUUGUCUCUCUCCACCUCCACCUGCUGCUUUCCAAUCACAAGCACCGCCUUCUUCAAUCGCCACCAAUACUCUCUUCAACAAAGUUCAUUUUGUAGUCUCCACCAUCCAUAUACAUUUAUUCUCACUGCUUUCGUAGCUCAAUCAAUCUUGGAGCUCAGGUGGCAAUCAAAUCUGAGGGAGAGAUAAGCUUCAUUUAGUAAUGGCGCUUUCAGCUUCCGACCUUCCGGCCAUGUACUCGUUGCUUACCAAUUCUAUGAGCAGCGAUCACUCAAUCCGCAAACCUGCCGAAGACGCGCUCUCUCAAUCGGAGAGUAGGCCUGGUUUCUGUUCUUGUCUCAUGGAAGUUAUUACCGCAAAGGAUUUAGCAUCUCAAGUGGAUGUGCGGUUGAUGGCUUCGGUGUAUUUUAAAAAUAGUAUUAAUCGCUACUGGAGGCACCGGCGUGAUUCCUCGGGGAUCACCAACGAGGAGAAAAUACAUCUCAGGCAAAAGUUAUUGCUGCACUUGAGGGAAGAGAAUGAUCAGAUAGCUCAGAUGUUGGCUGUGCUCAUAUCCAAAAUUGCUCGGAUUGAUUAUCCCAAAGAAUGGCCAGACAUCUUUUCUGUUUUAGCGCAUCAGCUUCAAUCUGCAGAUGUUCUUGCAUCCCACCGAAUCUUCAUGAUAUUAUUUAGGACAUUAAAGGAAUUGUCCACCAAGCGCCUAACUUCAGACCAAAGAAACUUUGCGGAGAUAUCAUCCCAUUUCUUUGAUUAUUGCUGGCGCCUUUGGCAAAGUGAUGUGCAAACUAUAUUACAUGGCUUCUCCACUCUUUCUCAAAGCUAUAAUUCAAAUUCUGGGGAGCAGCAUCAUGAUGAACUUUACCUUACUUGUGAGAGAUGGUUGUUAUGUUCAAAGAUAAUACGCCAAUUAAUAAUUUCAGGAUUUCAAAGUGAUUCAAAGUGUUUUCAGGAGGUUCGACCAGUCAAGGAAGUUUCUCCUGUGCUCUUAAGCGCCAUUCAAUCGUUCCUUCCAUAUUAUUCAUCUUUUCAAAAGGAAUUUCCAAAAUUUUGGGAAUUUACAAAAAGGGCUUGUACCAAAUUGAUGAAAAUCUUGGUUGCCUUUCAGGGCAGACACCCUUACUCAUUUGGCGAUAAACUUGUGCUUUCAUCUGUUGUAGAUUUCAGUUUAAAUAAGAUAACAGAUCCUGAGCCAUAUCUAUUGUCAUUUGAACAAUUUCUUAUUCAGUGUAUGGUGAUGGUGAAAAAUAUGCUGGAAUGUAAAGAAUACAAGCCAACUCUUACUGGUCGGGUUAUGGAUGAAAAUGGAAUUACCCUAGAGCAGAUGAAGAAAAAAAUUUCCGGUAUGGUUGGUGGUGUUUUGAGGACCCUUCUACCCAAUGAGAGGAUUGUCCUCCUUUGUAAUGUGUUGAUAAGAAGGUAUUUUGUUCUAACAGCAAGUGAUUUGGAGGAAUGGUAUCAUAAUCCUGAGUCUUUUCAUCACGAGCAGGAUAUGGUUCAGUGGACAGAAAAAUUGAGGCCAUGUGCUGAAGCAUUGUACAUCGUGUUAUUUGAAAAUAAUAGCCAACUGCUAGGUCCUGUUGUAGUUUCUCUUCUCCAAGAGGCUAUGAAUAGUUGCCCAACUUCAGUGACAGAGAUCACUCCAGGGUUGCUUCUGAAAGAUGCUGCUUAUGGUGCUGCCGCUUAUGUUUAUUAUGAGCUUUCAAACUACCUGAGCUUCAAGGACUGGUUUAAUGGUGCAUUAUCUCUUGAACUAUCAAAUGACCAUCCAAACAUGCGGAUCAUCCAUCGUAAAGUUGCUCUAAUUUUAGGACAGUGGGUUUCUGAGAUCAAAGAUGAUACGAAAAGACCCGUCUACUGUGCUCUAAUCAGAUUAUUGCAGACCAAAGAUUUAUCUGUCAAACUUGCAGCAUGUCGCUCCCUGUGCUUACAUAUAGAAGAUGCAAACUUUUCGGAAAAGGAGUUUGUUGAUCUACUUCCAAUAUGUUGGGACUCAUGUUUCAAGUUAUUUGAUGCAGUUCAGGAAUUUGACUCCAAGGUUCAAGUUCUGAAUUUGAUCUCUACCCUCAUUGGACAUGUUGGUGAAGUUAUUCCAUUUGCAAACAAUUUGGUGCAAUUUUUUCAAAAGGUGUGGGAGGAAUCUUCUGGUGAAAGCUUACUGCAGAUUCAGCUUCUUAUUGCUCUGCGUAACUUUGUGGUUGCACUUGGUUACCAAUCACCCAUUUGCUAUAACAUAUUACUCCCCAUUCUCGACAAUGGAAUUGAUAUUAAUAGCCCAGAUGAACUCAAUCUUCUGGAGGAUUGCAUGCUGUUAUGGGAGGCCACACUUUCUCAUGCUCCUUCAAUGGUUCCUCAACUGUUGUCAUAUUUUUCACGCCUUGUAGACAUCAUGGAAAGAAGCUUUGACCAUUUGCAGGUUUCUGUCAACAUAAUUGAAGAUUACAUUAUUUUGGGUGGAAAUGAAUUUCUGAGUGUCCAUGCUUCAAGCAUUGCUAAAAUUCUUGAUCUAGUUGUUGGGAAUGUUAACGACAGAGGUCUACUUGCAGUCUUUCCUGUAAUUGACCUUUUAAUACAGUGUUUCCCCAUGGAAGUACCGGCACUUAUUAGUAGCACUUUACAAAAACUAAUCAUCAUAUGUUUGAGUGGAGGAGAUGAUCGUGAUCCUUCUAAAGCAUCUGUCAAAGCAUCUUCAGCUGCCAUCCUGGCAAGGAUUUUGAUAAUGAAUACAAGUUCGCUUGCCCAGUUAACAUCAGAUCCAUCAACCUUAUUGCUCCUCCAGACAGCCGGUGUCCCAGUCCAGGAAAAUCUACUUCUUUUCCUUGUUGACGUAUGGCUUGACAAGGUAGAUAAUGUUUCAUCCAUUCAGAGGAAGACAUUUGGCUUAGCCCUUUCCAUAAUUCUGACAUUGAGAGUACCUCAAGUCCUUGACAAACUUGAUCAAAUUUUGAGUGUUUGCACUAGUGUAAUUUUGGGCGGAAACGAUGACUUGACUGAUGAAGAGUCGAGUGGUGACAUGAGCUCUAAUGCGUCUCCUCAUGAAGGCAGUAUACCGGGUAAAGAAAUCAGAAAGAGACAGAUCAAAAUGUCAGACCCUGUAAAUCACAUUUCAUUGGAGACCUCUGUUAGAGAAAAUCUGCAAACAUGUGCCUCUAUUCAUGGAGAGUCAUUUAAUGCUGCGAUGAGUAGCAUACAUCCAUCCGCCUUUGCACAGUUGAAGCAGGCAUUAAAGAUGUCAUAGCUGGGAGCGACACAGAGUUGUUGUUGUUCAGCAGUCGCAUGUUGAGGCUCUCAAUCUCUGCUAGCUCAUUAGAUUGAUACUGUUACAGGGUGAUAUGGAAGCUUUUUGAUACUUGGCUUUGGUGACUUUCAGGCUGUUGUGCUCAGAGCGGCUUGCAAGUCUUUUUUCCCAUGAUAAUAUUUCAUAUUCAUUUGUUUGUGCCAGUUGGCUGCGUGACAUUGUGUAAAUAGCAUGCUGUUCCUUUAGCAAAAGGGAGCAGCUUUGAGUCGGGUAAUUUUUCCCCCACGGUUAAAAUAGGGAAAGGUGAAAUGGCCAGUCUCGUGUUUUGAACAUAUGCCAAUGAGUGAUGGGUUUGAUGAGAAUGUAGUGCAAGUUCCAUUCUUUCUGGCUGCAUACAA